UGAUAUCUCACAACAAACCCUCGGCGCCGACUAGACAGAGUAAUACAUCUCCUCUUAUAAUUUUUUCCUCUCCUCUCUCUCCUACCUCCUCUCCCUCCCUCUCCCGUACCUGACUGACUCCUCUAACUACCCUGCUGAUGUCUGCGUACUUAAAUCAGUGAUCAUCUAACCCAUCACCACCACCACCACCACCACCUUCACCCCCUACACCUCUCCACUUACAUGCCCCUCCGCCAGGCCACUCCACCCCCAUGCUGCGCCACCGGAAGAAGGCCAUCCAGACCGUGAAGAGCCUGGAUGCCUUCCCCAAGACUUCGGAGGAAUGCAUCGAGAAAACCACAACUGGAGGCACUUUUUCCGUGCUGAGUUUGGCAGUGAUCCUGUGGCUGAUGGUGAUGGAAAUGAUGUACUAUCUGGAAACUUCCUUCACCUACACCUUCAUCCCCGACACAAAGUUCUCCGAGAAGCUCAAGAUCAACGUUGACAUCACCAUUGCCAUGCCCUGCCGAUAUGUGGGCGCUGAUGUGCUGGACAUGACGGGGCAGCAAGUGAUGACCUUCGGCUCCCUGGACAUGGAGGACACCUGGUGGGAGCUUGACCCUGACCAGCGCAUCCACUUUGACGGCAUGCAGCAGGUCAACAGUUACUUCAGGGAGCAGUUCCACUCCAUCCACCAGCUGCUGUGGAGGAGUGGAUACAUCAACAUCUUCGGAGAUUUCCCAAGGAGACGUGUGACGCCCAGCAAGGAGAAGGAUGCCUGCCAUGUGGUGGGCACACUGGAGAUCAACAAAGUGGCUGGGAACUUCCACAUAACAGCAGGUAAGACAAUCCCUCUCCCCCGUGGCCAUGCUCACCUGGCAGUGUUCAUGGAUGACAAGGACUACAACUUCACACACCGCAUCAACAAGCUGUCUUUUGGUGACCCAGCGCCUGGCAUUGUGCACCCGCUGGAGGGCGACGAGGAGGUGGCAGAGAAGAACCUCAUGUCCUACCAGUACUUCAUCACAGUGGUGCCAACCUACGUGAGCACCUACAGCUACCGCGGCUCAACAUUCCAGUACUCGGUGUCAGAGCAGUCCAGAGAGAUUGCCCAUGACAAGAAUUCGCACGGCACUCCAGGGAUUUUCUUCAAGUACGACGUGUCCGCCCUGAGAGUCAACGUUCAUGAGAGACACGAGCCGCUGCUGGCCUUCCUGACCCGCUUGUGUGGCAUCAUUGGGGGUGUUAUGACCUGCUCGGGGUUGAUGAGCAGUGUGGUGAGCCUGGCAGUGGACUGCUUCACCUGCCGAUUCUUCCAGAGACACUCAGACAAGACAGAGACAGAGACAACCUCCCAGAAAACCACAACCCUUCUCCUGGCUACGGAACUCUUACAGACAGAGACCCAGCCACUCCUCACGUCCACCACCAUCACCUCCAACAUGGUAUUUGUGUCGGACACCCCCCAGAGCUCCCCCCCAGAGUCAUGACACAGUACACCUCACUUCAUGUCAUUUCUCUUCUCUCAAAUUUCGUUGUUCAGAAUGUUUUGAUAGAGUAAUAUUUAAAUCUGUCUUUUUAAUUGUUUUUUAUAUUUAUUUGUAUGUUCGUAUGCGAGUAAGUGUGUGUAGUAGUGAAGGAGUGAUGGGGUGGUGGGGUUUGGUACCUUGCUUGAAGGAUAAAUGGGGUGUACUGUAGUAAUAGUUAGAAGUGGAGUGAUUUAUCUUGCUUGUUCCCAUUACUUUUGAAUAUAAGAACACAAGAAAAUAAGGGAAGCUGCAACAAGACAUCAGGUCUACACGUUGCAGUCUCUGUAUGAAACGCACCUACAUAUUUCCAUCUACCAACUUCAUCCAUAAACUUGUGUCACCUUUUAAAGCUCCUUAAUGACAUCCCACUAACAUCCUGAUUGCUGAGUCCAUUCCAUUCAUCUUCCACUCUGUUUGAGAACUAAUUCCUGCCUAUCUCUUUUCUUUAAAUUUCUUAACAGCUAACUACUAACAGCCUUACAAAACUAGAUAAGAGAAUACAAGAUCAGAGGACUCAAAAACAGAAACAAAUGAGACAAGUCAAUCCACUUCUAAUCAUUACUCUAAAUUUCACAAGAGUAGAGUGCAAGGAAUCUCAGUCUUGAUAAAUGGUGAACCUUCCACACAUCGGUGCAAAACUUCCACUCCGGCGCAGCUCAACUCGCUGCCUUACCUUGCUGUCACGCAGGGACAGCCACAGAAAUCAGAUAGCAUGCCACACUCACUCCCUUCCUCUCAGCUUUUUCUGUCAUUUUCAUCUUAGUACUUUUCUUUUCCUCUGCUUCUUCCUUAGUGGUGGUCACUUCUGUUUCUCUGGUAAUUCUACCUUACUUUCUGAUUCCACUGACUUCUUUCCUCUUUUACUUUUCUUACCAUCUUUGGAUUCAGGUUUCUUGAUUUCAUUCUUAGUUUCAUUCUCCUCAGCCACUCUGUUGUGGCUUUUGGCAAGACUAGUUGAUGUUAUAAUGCAAUCAGGGAAGACAGUGAUGCACUUUCUAGGCUGUGUGCUGAGGAUGCCAGACAUCAGCUCACCAGGGAACAGUGGGUCACACUACUACUGCCUUCACCUUGUUCAGUGAGUCCAUCUUGACGUGUAUGGGAAUAGAUGUAGUCCUUUCCAGCUUGAGAUUCAAGCUCUGGAUCUUGGCCCAAUCCCCUGGGGCAUGGCUAGCAAGCUUCUCUACAGCUGCUAAUAAAUUCUGCUGGAUCUCAUUGUCUGUCUGACACAUAUGACCAGUCUUCAUGAGAGAAGAGUUCCCCUUCUUAUUGAGGAAAAGUUCGUGUCCAGAGUGCUCUUAGUAUUUCCUUCUGUAGUUCCUUUGUCUCAAGGUUCACCUGCACUGGCAUCCUUAAUACGUUAACAUACCAACCAUCCCAUUUUUAGCACUUUUUUUAUUGUUCUUCCCACUUCCUUUAUGUGUAAAUUUUUCAGUGAUUUUUAAUAUUUUAACCAUUCCAUAAUUUUGUUUUUAUAUUAACAUUUCAACCAACAAUCUUUGUUGCUUUUAAAGUUUGGUAGUGGCAUCAUAUGACAGCAGUGUUGUGGCACCAACAACAAUCAGUCAAUGUUAUUGGCAAACUUUUUCAUCAGCUUCUGGUCUUUCUUCACUGUCUUCCCAAAGCGCUGCAGCAGGAGUUCAUUUCUUUGCAAUAUUUUACCUUGCCUUCCCUUCUUUUUUACUUGGGUUGGUUAGGUUUUAGAAUUUGUGGUUUUUGUGGGCUUGGAAGUAGAACCUGAAGAGGUAUCUUUCUUGAUGCCCUUCUUGAGAUUUUUCUUUGGCCAUGGCUUGGAUGCACCCAGCUGGCUAGAAGCAGCAGGGUCUCUGUUCUUGUUGUGCUUUCUGGUUGGUAGUUUUGCCAUCUUUAUAGUCUUCACUCCUUCAGUACCUCUUUCUCAGUUCCUCUGGUCCGUUUAUAAUCCACCACUUGUCAGGUUUUGUAAGAGUGUGGUAGAUUGGACAAGGCAGAGGGAAAAAUACAAAACUAAGUGGAAUUGAGUGUGGAAUAUUACUUAUGAUCUUGACUGUACAUGCUGUUACACUGGUGUACUUGGCUUAUGACCAUAAUGUUCCAAAAAUUGACAGUCAGGAGAAAAGUCAAAGAAUAUAAAAAGAAGCAAUGUUCAUCUCCUAAAAAGUGCAGUGAAAUGCAUCUAAACAAUUGCCUUUUAUCCUACAGUGCAUAGCUGAGUGUUUACCAUUAGCAAAUGUACCAGUAACAUCACAAAAUAUACAUAAUGUACAAGUUGGUCACAUGCCAAGUUAGCCAUUGCAUAUAAAAAUGAAUACCUUUUUUGGCUGGGUAGCACAUUGGUCGUAAGUCCCACACAUGAUGUGCCGACUACCCCACUGUACCUUGUUCAUGAUGUACGGCACGUGUGUAUUGACUAAUUGACUGGUUGAUGGUUUGAGCUACACAGUUGAUUUUUACAUGUGGUCAGGUAGUCACUCACAUUUCACUCAGCAACUGUUCAGGGAGAAACAGCACAACCUUGAGAAAUCUAAUCCUGUAUCGUAAAAGGACCAAGUUAUCUUUCGUGACAUAAGAAGUCGUGUGGUCUUUGUUAUCUCGCUUGGGGGGAUUUUCUCUAAUCAGAUUUAUGUACUGUAAUAGUAUUCAGUUCUUUAUCCAUAGACGGUGGGGUUAGAGAUGAUUUUUCACCGCCACUGCAGGUUUUACGAUUGAUUGGAAUUGACAAUGCAAAUUUGGUGUUUUCAUCAGUGUUGUGUAAGGAAAUUUUAAUUAAAGAGAUGAUAGAUUAAA